AUGUAUAAAUUUCCGCAUGCAGGACAAAAUUUAGGAAGCGUUUGGUCAACAUCGCUGGAUUAUUUUCAAGUUACUGACCCACUGUUAGUUGACAUCAUCAGACGAUGGUAUGAUGAAGUGGCAGAUUGCGAGCUUUCACUUCUACAAAGCUACCACAAUAUUGAAGAUGGCAUCCAAAGAGGUCAUUUCACCCAAUUGGUUCGCGAUGAGGCUACUCACAUGGGCUGCGCGGUAUCCUUCUUCCUGCAACCUCACCCAGAAUUCGGUUUGGUCCAUGCGCUGCUAAUGGCAUGCAAUUAUUCCGAAGGAAAUCUUUUAGAGGCACCAACGUAUGCGAUUGGACAACCAUGUUCUAAAUGCAAAAAGUGUAAUAAAAAGUAUUUAUCAUUAUGUGAGCAGUCAUAA